CUGUGGGUAGGCGGUGGCGGUGGUGGCGGCGGCGGCGUGCGCGCUGAGCAGCAGCCGGCGGUGCCAGAUUGUGUGCACCGAAGAUGGCUGAGAAGCAGAAGCACGACGGGCGGGUGAAGAUCGGCCACUACGUGCUCGGGGACACGCUGGGCGUCGGCACCUUUGGCAAAGUGAAGAUUGGAGAACAUCAACUGACAGGCCAUAAAGUAGCAGUUAAAAUCUUAAAUAGACAGAAGAUUCGCAGUUUAGAUGUUGUUGGAAAAAUAAAACGAGAAAUUCAAAAUCUAAAACUCUUUCGCCAUCCUCAUAUUAUCAAACUAUACCAGGUGAUCAGCACUCCCACGGACUUUUUUAUGGUAAUGGAAUAUGUGUCUGGUGGUGAAUUGUUUGACUACAUCUGUAAACAUGGACGGGUUGAAGAGAUGGAAGCCCGGCGUCUCUUUCAGCAGAUUCUCUCUGCUGUGGAUUACUGUCACAGGCAUAUGGUUGUUCACCGAGAUCUGAAACCAGAGAACGUGCUCUUGGAUGCACACAUGAAUGCCAAGAUAGCUGACUUUGGAUUAUCUAAUAUGAUGUCAGAUGGUGAAUUUCUGCGAACCAGCUGUGGGUCCCCUAAUUAUGCAGCACCUGAAGUCAUCUCGGGCAGAUUGUAUGCUGGGCCUGAAGUUGACAUCUGGAGCUGUGGAGUUAUUUUGUACGCUCUUCUGUGUGGCACCCUCCCGUUUGAUGAUGAGCAUGUUCCAACAUUAUUUAAGAAGAUUCGAGGAGGAGUUUUUUAUAUCCCAGAGUAUCUCAAUCGUUCUAUUGCUACUCUCCUGAUGCAUAUGCUGCAGGUGGAUCCUCUGAAACGUGCAACCAUCAAAGACAUAAGAGAACAUGAAUGGUUUAAACAAGAUUUGUCCAGUUACUUAUUUCCUGAAGACCCCUCCUAUGAUGCCAACGUCAUUGACGAUGAGGCUGUGAAAGAAGUGUGUGAGAAGUUUGAGUGUACAGAAUCAGAAGUAAUGAACAGUUUAUAUAGUGGUGAUCCUCAAGACCAACUUGCUGUGGCUUAUCAUCUUAUCAUUGACAAUCGGAGAAUAAUGAACCAAGCCAGUGAGUUCUACCUCGCCUCCAGUCCCCCUACUGGUUCUUUUAUGGAUGAUAGUGCCAUGCAUAUUCCUCCAGGCCUAAAACCUCAUCCAGAAAGGAUGCCACCUCUUAUAGCUGACAGCCCUAAAGCAAGAUGUCCACUGGAUGCACUCAAUACGACAAAGCCCAAAUCUUUAGCUGUGAAAAAAGCCAAAUGGCAUCUUGGAAUUCGAAGUCAGAGCAAACCAUAUGACAUUAUGGCUGAAGUUUACCGAGCUAUGAAGCAGCUGGAUUUUGAAUGGAAGGUCGUAAAUGCAUAUCAUCUUCGUGUAAGAAGAAAGAAUCCAGUGACUGGCAACUAUGUGAAAAUGAGCUUGCAGCUUUACCUGGUUGACAACAGAAGCUAUCUUUUGGACUUUAAAAGCAUUGAUGAUGAGGUGGUGGAGCAGAGAUCCGGUUCCUCAACACCUCAGCGUUCCUGUUCUGCUGCUGGUUUGCACAGACCGAGAUCAAGUUUUGAUUCCACGCCUGCAGAGAGCCAUUCGCUUUCCAGCUCUCUCACUGGCUCCUUGACUGGGAGCUCAGUGUCUUCGGUUCCGCCUCGCCUGGGCAGCCACACCAUGGAUUUUUUUGAAAUGUGUGCCAGUUUGAUCACUACUUUAGCUCGUUGACAAUCUGUCUCUAGUCUCUGUCUUUCUGUUAUCGCACUGUGAAAAUCAGAUAUAGUCUUGAAAUGAUUACUGCACUCACUACUGGAUGUCACUUACUCUUCGAUGCUAAUUGAGAGACUUCAGUAUCUCCAGGGGACAAUCAGUGCCAUUGAAAUGACUGAACAAAAAAAAAAGUAUGACAUGUUAUUCAUCUGUUAAAAUCUAUUAUUCUGUUUUGCCUAUGGUGAAUUCACAUAGGCAGCUUCUUCACAAGGUGAACGAUGAUGCAGACUGUUAAUCUGUUAAUUUAAAAUUCUGAGUUCAGUGAUUCACACACCUUCAGUGAUGAGCCAUCUCAAGCUCAGCACUUGGCAGCACACCCUUCCUUUACUGUUUGCUGUUGGUAAACCCCGUUUCUUUCCUAAACUUCAGCAGGCUUUAAGCUAUGUGUAU